AUGUCGGUCGCUUCCAAUCAGCCGACAUCGUCUACUGAUACGCAAGAUGAAAAGGAUAAGUCAUUGGGUAUGAGGGAGGCCGAGGCAGUCCCAGAAAGGCCGCUUGAUAUCGAACGACUUCGUCGUUGUAUCAUAGAAUUUGUUCAUGAGAACUUUCUUGAAGUUGUUUUUUGGCAAAUGCAAACAGCUAACAAGGAUUUUGACGAGAUGCUUGGCGUUCAGGCAGUGGUAUUGCUUAGCAAAAUGGAUGAAAAGGAGAGAGGGGUUCUGCUUAUGGAGCUUGUCACUAUUGUUCACGAAGCAUCUCCUCAAUGGCGGCAAGAAUAUGAACGAGUGGUGGACGCCAUACUCUACUACGCACAUGCCGCUGGUGUGCUCUCAAUAAAUAUGUGCGUGGAGGGCUUAGCCCUAACAGCCGAUUUUACUCUACGAACCAUUAUGGAUCCUCAAAAGUGGACUUUUAUUGAAGAAAAUAUACCGCUAAUGGAUUACAAGGGCGUUAGGAGCUUAUUUAAGUGA